CUCCGUUUCUAAUCCUUUCCAAUGGAGCUGAUUCAGAGCUUCUUGAAUUUAGUAGCUCCGCCGUUCACCGUCGUCACUCUCGGCCUAUUACUGCCGCAUUACGUCGUUUUCAAGUACUUCUUCUCUUUGAUUAGAGGUUUGUUUAACGAAGAUGUCACCGGGAAAGUCGUUCUCAUCACCGGAGCUUCCUCCGGCAUCGGCGAGAAUUUGGCAUACGAGUACGCCAAGAGAGGAGCUCAAUUAGUGCUUGUAGCUAGACGAGAGAGCUCACUUGAGGAAGCUGCUGAAGCAGCUCGCUAUUAUGGCUCCCCUGAGGUUAUCACCAUUGCAGGGGAUGUUUCCGAGCUAUCGGACUGUCGGCGAAUCAUCGACGACACGAUGAAUCAUUUCGGAAGAUUAGAUCAUUUGGUGAACAAUGCCGGCGUUGCCAACAUGACUCUGUUUGAAGAAAUCAUUGAUAUCACUUCCUUCAAACAAAUAAUGGAAACGAACUAUUGGGGGUCUGUUUAUAUGACUUGGCUAUCAAUUCCUUAUUUGAAGAACAGGGGAGGGAAGAUCAUAGUGGUUUCAUCGGCGGCGGCGUGGUUGCCGUCACCCAGAAUGAGCAUUUACAAUGCAAGAUUGAGUUUUUACUUAAAACCCAUGUGGGAUUAUGGGUUUUCGUUGAGUUAUUUGAUUUGGGUUUUUUUUUUUUUUCAGGCAAGCAAGGCGGCGCUGAGGAUCUUUUUUGAGACAUUGAGAGUGGAAAUGUCGCCGGAGAUUGGGAUCACCGUGGUGACGCCGGGCUUUGUCGAGUCGGAGAUAACUAAAGGGAAGGCGUUGUAUUCUCAUGGAAGAAUGGAAGUUCAUCAGGACGUUAGAGAUGCUCUGGUGGGGGCGAUUCCGGUAGAGACGGCGGCGGCCUGCGCUAAGGCAAUCGUGAGAAGCGCUUGCCGGGGUGAUCGGUACUUGACGGAGCCGUCGUGGUACAACGCUGCGUAUUACUUAAAGGCGUUUUGUCCGGAGGUGGUGGAGUGGUGCUACCGUAUAUUGGUGUAUACAACGCCGGGAACCUCCGCCGCGGAGGCGCUCAAUAAACAGAUUCUGGAUCUCACCGGAGCCAAGACGGCCAUGUAUCCUCCUUCCAUUCACUCCGUCGAGAUCAACGACGACUAAUUUAAAAUCUCCGGCCGUUAAACCUCUGUUUUUCUGCAGCUUAAUCUCUGGCCGUUAAACCUCUGUUUUCCUGCAGCUUUCUUCCCUGUUCCUCUGUAGCUACGAAUGAUUAUGAGGCCUUAAAAGCCUUUAAAUCUUUGUAAUUUACAUAAUUAAAGCUUUAAUUUUGUUUAA